UCCCCUGUACGUUGUGUGUGUAUGGGUAGGCGAAGCGGUUUACAUUUUUUGCGGUCUGGUGAUCUCGUGAUCGCCUCCCCCGCCGUACGGUAAAUAGUUCCUCCUUCCUUCUCUCCCCUCUCCGCGACUCCAGACCGUCGCUAUCGCUGUUUGUUUGUUUGUUUGUUUGUCUGUGUGUAUACUAAGGUGUUCCCGAGGUAUUGAGUCACCCCCCUCAAGCACGUGUGUCCGGGUGUGUUAUUAUUUACACGUGCAGGGUGAGGUGUGAGUCAUACCUUAUUUUACACCUGUCGGACGGACGCUGUGAUCAUUGUACGUCAUUCAGGUGUAACCUUAAGAUCAAAUCCUCAGGAAUGACAGCCACACAUUUAGUUGCACCUGAGAGUCUCCAGCAAAGCCAUUUGUAAUGAGACAGUUUCCAGCGAGGUGAACCACCUCAGAACACACCACCAGUGUUAACUACCAGCAGCGGUCGCCAUGGCGCAGGGCGUGGCCAGUAGCCAUGGCAACCUGCGCAUGUUCGAGGAGCUGUGUCGGCGGUUCCAGGAGGUACCGCAGGCCGUGGUCGUGGAGGUCAUGAGGAAGAACGGGAGCAACUUUGAGCUGUGCUGCCAGGACCUUCAGCAGGAGAGUGGGAAGUACCUGUACGGGGACUUCCAGAUGGCGGGGGACAACGCCAUGAGUAAUCACAUGAAGCAGUUAACCAUAGGAAAACCUGACGACCACAGCCAGAGACACCCGUUGCACCACUGUGCAAGCACUCCGGCGUUCAUGCCUACAGGGAACCAACAGGGAACUUUUCACGAGGACGUUCACACGGCGCCCGUCUUGCCGACGGGGCAGAAUCCGUUUCUUGCGUCCAUGAGAUCGCCGCAGCACGUGCCGAGAUACGGUCCGACGGUGCAAAUGUACGCGGCACAGUUUCCUCAAGGAGGGAACCAUUACGUAGGGACAAUGCCUCCAGGGUACGGCCAGUCUUCAGGCAGGAGUACUCCGAGCCCUGCCCCCACCCCUCCUCCAGCCAACCAACAACAGAUCUCCCCACAGACCCCACAGACCCCACCCCAGGUCCACUCCCCACCCCCCUCACAGAUGCACACCCCCUCUCCCCAGGAACAGAGACCCUCCCGUAGUCAAACGAACUCUCCCUUUCCCCCCAUGAUGUACCAACAGCUCACCUCUCCUCAACAACAACUUCCCAUGUACUUCCAGCAACUACCCUACCCGAUGAUGUCCCCACCCCAGGGAUACCCUCCCCAGGGGUCCUUCCCCUCCCCCCAGGGGCAGUAUGGAGGGGUCUUCACCUCCCCGCAGGGGCAGCUCCCCCCACACCCCACGGUCGUGCCGGGAUUUUACCAGCAGUACGGACCUCCAGGGGGCCAGCAGGGGCAGUUCAUGUCGGGUCAGUGGAACCAGGUUCCGCCUGGGUAUGGCACCAUGUACGACAGACGGAUGUCCGGAGGGAGCGAGAGUUCAGGUCAGGGGUCACCUUCCCAUGUUCCCCAGCUCCCGCCCUGGAACUUCCAACAGCAGCAGCAGCCGCCACAGCAACAGCAGCAGGCGUGGCACGGAGGUCAAGGUCAAAUGUUUCCAAGGGCGCACAGCCCGUACCACAGAACGGACUCCCCGCGUGGCGGGCAUUUGGACACCCACUGGUCGCCCAAACAUUCGCCAAGGAGCCAGAGUCCGAGCCCGGGUAGGGGAGGGUGGACGGGCGGACAAUACGGCGCGACACAGGCGCACCAGUACACCCCUCCUGGGCAGCACGGCCAAGGUCGCCACCACGGCCACUACCAGCGCUCGCCCUCCUCCCAGAACCAGUAUUCCAGUCUGAACCUGGCGCACGGUUACCACCCGUCCCAGCAGCCCUCCAAAACACAGUCUCCGCGCAGCUCUCUCGUCUUCACCCAGCCUCUACACGUCCCCACGCAAUCAACCUACUCCUCCCCCGGGCGACCGGCCAUGUCAAUAACAACACCAACGUCCAAUAACUCCACACCGACCCCGACAAAAACGCCCAGUCAACCCAACCUGUUAACGCCGGAGCAUCCGGAAGAGCUGCGCUCGGAAACGGGAACGCCCCCGCCCCCCAUCCUCCCGGUGAUCUCCCCUGCCUCCAGCCACAGUAGCCUGUCGUCAGCGGAGAGCAGAGACAGAGGACAGAGGCCCAGCACCAGUAAUGACAACUAUGCAUACGAGCAGGCAUUGCUGCUGCACCAGAGAGCCAGGAUGGAGAAGUUGCAUAAAGACUGGAACGGGGAGAAACAGAGACUAGCGCAGGUCCGCGCCGAGGUGGACGAGAUGGAACGUGACCUGCAAGACCGCAGAAAACGUAACGCAACCUCCAAAUGUCCCACGGUAAGUAACGCAACCUCCAAAUGUCCCACGGUAGAAGAGAUUGUGCGUAAGCGGGAGCACAACCGGCAGCUGCAGAUAGAGAUAGACUGUAUGACAAAGGAGACUGACCUGCUACAACAGAGUAGAUACUACGUAUCGGACCCAGUAGAUGUGCCGAACUUCUACGCUAACCUUGGCGCCACGGGACAGCUGGGCCCCGUUCCCCCGCCUAGCGCCGCAUCACAACACAGACGAAACCUGUCGAGCUCCUCAGCACCCGAAGGUGGCGUUACAGAAAGGGAGGGGGAGGGGGGAUGGCAGAUGGUGAACUAUACUGCAGAAGCACCCAACCCGAGCGCAGCCCCCGAGGAAGCGGAGGGUCCACAGUGGAACUGUCGAGCCUGCACCUUCCUCAACCAUCCACAACUAGACAAAUGUGAAAUCUGCGAGAUGCCCAGAGUUAUAUGAAGACGCUCGCUGUAGCUAACAAAAAUCCUUACAGACUCCACGAACUUGUGUGCAACAGGGGAAGGGGAAUCUUCCCGCGGCUUUUAAGAAGAAAAUGUGAUAACAUUUAUUAUGUACGUCUCUGUCUACAUCUGCUCCAAGACCCAGCAAGCUGCGCUGAAGGAACGGAAUCGUCCCAACUUCGGAAGACACGUCCAAAGGAGACUGACUGAUCGCGACAGGCUACCAGAACAGGGCUGGCACAGAAAGGCUGCUCCCCGGAAAGCAGUGAAAAUGAAGCUGCCUUGCCUGCAGAAUGUAAAAUGCGUCUCUGUUGCAACGCAAGCAAAGAUCAUGGUCAACAUACUAAGGAGCACACGUUCUUACAAGACUGUCUUGUACACAAGAGGCUGCAAUGACAGAAAUGCUGCUGUAAGAAAGGCAAGUAAAACAAGCCUGGGACACGACAGAAAGCCAAGAAAGCUUGAACUGUAUCGCAGCUGAAAGAGGAAGGCCAGACGAUGACUUGUGCUAAAGGAAAAGACUUUGUUCGUCUGUAGACUGUUUUUGUGGUGCACAGAUUAGAACGGAAAUGUCUUGUAACACAGAAACAUGUGGGGAUUUCUUCGCACUUCAGACAGGAGAAAAUUUAUUUAAAUGUGGACCUGAUAAUUGGCUUCUUCUGGAUUCUCCAAGGACGAAAAGAACUUUUAUACGGCAUAUUACCCUGAUGCGAUUGAAAAGCUGAACUCAAACUUAACUGGUUUUAAAAGAAAUUUUAGCCACAAUGACACAAUGCUGGUCUCUGUGUUGCCAAAUACAGAACAAUACCUGCAGAAGGGUUAACCUUCUUAAUACUAGUUACAAAGCCUAGCGGUCAAACUUCAAAAGUUUAACGGAUUGAAAGCCAAUGGAUUUAUACCAAGUAUAUGUAUGUCAACUGUGGGAGACCCAAUACUCAGUGUAGUAUCUACAUGAAUGAUAGGUAACACCAUGGGGAUUUUUUUUACUGAUGUGCAGAAGGUCGUCCACUUUCUCAUGCCAACUCUACAAAACUUCUGCUCAGUUUUGUUUGUGGGACUGGUUCAAACUGGAUUGAGAUGUGGAAGUGUGUUUUCAGGGUCUGUGUCUAAGUUAAUGUUCCAUGAUCAUUUCUGUACUCUCACCUUUUGCAUGACACAGCUUUUGUUGUGUUAUCAAUUCUGUGUACAGGUAUGUGAUGUCACAGUGUACACACAUUUGGCAUGUGUCAUCAAUUUUGUACUCUGGUUUGGGUGUGUCAUGGCAUCCUGACGAAGGCUUACUUAGUCUCCAUUUUUCUCCACCUCUGAUAAAGAUCUGAUGGGUUAAAAUCUGCACCAUUUUGGUUUUUCAGCUUCCCAAAACUUGCUGAAGGGGGUAAAGAUUUAACAAAACACAGUAUUUUCUUGUCAAAUUUUGUUGCAUCACAUAAACUUGCAAUAAUUUAUUUAUGAAUUAGCAAAAUCUGUAAGCCCCCACCUUUCCAUUAUACACAAGCGGAAAGAUGAAGUAAAGACCUCGCAGAAGAAAGAUGCAAGACAAAAUAGUUCAUAACAGACAUUGAUCAAAGACAUGUCUGUAAAAAAGGAAAAAUUAGUUGCUCCAAUGUCUUUGCUCAGUGCCUGUUAUUGAAUGCCUGCCCAUGAGUACAAGCAAGAUAAAAUGGGUGACAUUUGAUUACUUCCAGGACUCCUAUACUCACUGCCAUGAUGAUUAUGUCAAGGCAUUGAGUAUAGGAGCCCUGGUAGUAAUUGGAUGUCACCCAGGCUACAAGCAAGAAGCUUUCCUUUUUGUUUGCAGAAAUGUAGACUGAAAAAUAAGAUUCAGUAUUUCCUUUAUAACUUGACAAUGACUCUACAUGUGUUGCUGAAGAAGGUAUUCUGUUCGCUCUUGCUGGGUCGAACGAAAAAAAACAACUUUCGUCUGGACAAAGGUAUAUUUUCUGGUAGUAUAAGAUCCUAGCUGUGUAUGAUAUGAAUAACGACGCUGCUUAAGUAUAACAAAAUUGCUCAAAGUGAAUUAAGUCUGGGGAAAGAAUGUAAAUCUAUGAAGCCAUCCUGGAGUCCAGGAUCUGAGUUUCCCUUGCUUGUAUACAUGUAAAGCUUGUACAUGUACUUUCAAUUUCUAUACUAGGAGAUAGAUGUAAAAUAAAGACAUUGUUUAGCUCA